CCCACCUCAGUGGAGGCAUUACAUAUUGCUGGUGCUCUUAGCAACGGUGCCUCAGCAACAGAGCCACGGCAACACAGCUCCACGGCAACAGCGUGCCGUGUCUCCCCAAUGGAGCUGCCAUUGGGCGGACCAGCUCUCAGGCACUACACCCAGAGCAGACCGAGACCCCACCGACAAAAACUGAACUAUCGCCCAUGCAGACCACAGGAAACAAUAAUCGAGAGUGAAAAUGAAGUCCUGGAGCACAUGGGGCGAGUGGAUGAAGGAGUUGAGGAGUUUUUUACAAAGCGAGUACUCCCCACUGAUAUUCUGAACAAACCAGAUGAAGAGCUGACUGUAGUACAAGAAGAAGUGGCUCCAGCCAGCUCUAUCCCUUGUCCAGCACCAACAAAAACACUCAAGAGGAAGCUCGGAGAUUUCUUUACCCUCAAGAAGAGGCGAGGCUUGAAAUCAGAGACGAGCCAGGAGGGACGUACCAAAAAGACCUCCAUCGCUGAUCUCAUCCGUCCACUCAGGGAGGUUACCAGGUCUGAAAAAGACAAAGAUAAGGAUCGCGUGAAGGAGCAAGCAAAGGAAAAUGAAAAGGAGAAAGCAAAGGAACAUCCCGGUGCAGUUACUGGAGAGCCAGUUGUUCAGGAGACACCUGUUACUGAUGAUGCAUCUCUGAGGAGUGAGGUGGUGCCUCCUCGCCGAGCUCUCAGAGAGGGGAAAUCCCAGUCGCUCAUUUUGCUCUCUGGAUCAGCAGCAACAGGGACUGCCAAUGCCAAAAACACAGCAAAGAAACAGUUUGAAGGCCAACAUAGUUUUGAGCAGAAACUGCAUCUCAUGCUUCAGCGUAUUGGAGUUUCCAAACCCCAGCCUGCAGAAACACAGAAUCAAGAGGGAGAAAUGAAAAAGGCUGAGUCUGAAGGUACCAUCAUUGACAGUAAACCUGAACCUCCUCCCACUUUGUCAAAACCACGAACAAUGUCUGCCUCUUCAGACACAAGGCAUCAAAUUCGGACGAGUGUGUCCGCGCAUGAGGCAGCUGGGAAGCCCGCUCUUCCCCCAAAACCAGUUGUCAAACCAGGUCUGCCCCCUGCAACAUCCGGUCGUAACACACCUGAGAACGAGCUAACCCAGAUACAGGAAGCAGAGUCUAACACGUCGGCUACACUCAGUCCAGCUUCAGCUCCCCCCGCUCUCACCGACGCCACUGCUCCUUCUCCACCGACAAUCUCAAACUCCGUCUCUGACUCAGCCUGUGUUACAGUUUCUCCUUCGAGUACCGUAACUCCUGCUGAUACAGAUGUAUGCACUCGCUCAGAAACACCCACAAGCAGUACACCACUUGAAAGCAAAAUAUCUGUCCACAAAACUGGCGAUUCUUCCACUGAGCCACCCACAUCACCUAAAAGCACUACUAUAACAACUGAGCCUCCAAGCACUAUCUCCGUUCCUUCCACCUCUUCAGAGUCCACCACCCCAAGCCUCCCCGUAACUUCCACUACACCAGUAACUAGCCUAUCUGCUACCACCCCAGAAACAGUUUCUGCCCCCAGUGAUCAAAGCUCAGUUUCCACAACAUCCACAAAUCUGUUGACUGAGUCCACUUUGCAGAAGCCAAAUGGUGCUCUCUCAGUUGACUCCACCCCAGCUGUUGAGAGUGGCAUAAGUGUCCUCACCGCAGCCUCCUCUUCAUGCACAGCCAUAUCAGAUGUGCCAUCAAGCUUGUCAGCCAUCACCGGCUCAGGUACAGCAGCUGGUGACGAUCCAUCGUCAUUUGGCUCCAGUAGCCAUGUAAGCUUACUUUCAUCAAUUCCUGAAGUGACUCAAUCUCUUCCGAACUCAAGUGAAUCUAGUACAGUAGCAGUUUCGGGUGAAAUCCCUGUUGCCACAUCUUCCACAGUUGUCCCCCCUGUCCCUCCAUCCCCCUCCUCUUCCCAUCCAGCCCCCAACGAAGCCAUCAGCUCAGCAUCCAGCAGUGAAGUGAACUCUUUGUCCACAGCAGUAACAGUUACUUCCACCGCCAUCUCCAUUACCUCAACUUCAUCUAAUGAAACCAAGCCAAAAGACGCCACGUCCACAACCACCACCGCCACCUGUUCAAACGAGACAGAAAACACCUUCACUUGUAGUUCAGUGACUGCUGCUGUUAGUUUUUCCUGCACAAAUGGCUUAGACAUCUCCAACAGUGUUAGCACUACCCUCUCACCACCUGUGUCUGGCCUGCUCCCUGCUGAUAACUCAAGUGCCACGUCUGAUGAUUUGGUCGGCUCUGCGCCACCUGAUGAUAGUCCAGGCCAAGAUGAGAAUGUAAAAACGUCAGAAGAGGAAAGACCUGAUGUAGAAGAAGCAGAAAAACUUACAGAAAAAGGAGAUACAGAUGAGGAAAUGAUCCAAAUGAACAAGUUAGAUGAAGUUUAUGGGAGUGAAGAAACCCCUGAUAAUGACAAAGAAGAUGAAAAUGUCAAGGACAAACUUGUGUUUGACAAUGAUGACAUGACAGGAACGGAAAAGCAGGGAGAAAGUGUGAAAGCUGAAGAUGACACUCUGAUUAUAGCAGGUAAAGAAAGUGAACAAAGCAGGGAUGAAGCCGUUGCAGAGGCUCAAAUACAAGAGGAAGCUACAUCAGAAAGUAGUAAGUGACCGUUGAAUGAAAAAGCUGCAGUUACACAGAUCCAGCUACUGUGACGGGCAAAAGAGCCUGCAAUGACAGGCUUUGGGGAUGAUCCAUGGCACUUCCUACAGGGACCACAACAUCACAGCAGCACACCACUAAGGGUGAGCCAUUGGACCAAAGAAAUGAGAUCCCCUGGGUGUGAUGUAAUCAACAAAUCCAGCAGUGUCUUUGUCCUUUUUAUUUAAAUUACGUUGAAGACUUUAUGUUGGAAAUUUUGGAUUGCACGUAUGUUUAUGUACCAUAAGAAAAAUACUGUGGUAAAAUAUGCCAUGUUUACAAUACAUAAAAAGAGACAUAAUUAUGACUAUUAAAUGGAAUAUUCAGUUCAAAAA